GGCACUGGUUAUAAAGUCCACGCAGCCGGCGGGACUCAGAUGCCCGGAUCCCAGAUGGGGGCGAUGGCGCCGCGCACGCUGCUCCUGCUGCUGGCGGCCGCCCUGGCCCCGAACCAGACCCGCGCGGGCUCACACUCGAUGCGGUAUUUCCUCACCGCCGUGUCCCGGCCCGGCCUCGGGGAGCCCUGGUUCAUUAUCGUCGGCUACGUGGACGACACGCAGUUCGUGCGCUUCGACAGCGACGCGGAGAAUCCGAGGGCCGAGCCGCGCGCGCCGUGGAUGGAGCAGGAGGGGCCGGAGUAUUGGGAAGAGGAGACACGGAACGCCAAGAUCGCGGAGCAGGUUUUCCGAGUGAGCCUGAGUAACCUGCGCGGCUACUACAACCAGAGCGAGGCCGGCUCCCACACCUACCAGUGGACUUAUGGCUGUUACUUGGGGUCGGACAGCCGCUUCCUCCGCGGGUACAUGCAGGACGCCUACGAUGGCCGCGAUUACAUCGCCCUGAACGAUGACCUGGAAACGUGGACGGCGGCGGACAUGGCGGCGCAGAUCACCCGACGCAAGUGGGAGCAGGGUGGUGUUGCAGAGAGAGACAGGGCCUACCUGGAGGGCGAGUGCGUGGAGUGGCUCCGCAGACACCUGGAGCGCGGGAAGGAGACGCUGCUGCGCACAGAUCCCCCAAAGGCACAUGUGACCCAUCACCCCAGAUCUGAAGGUGAUGUCACCCUGAGGUGCUGGGCCCUGGGCUUCUACCCUGCUGACAUCACCCUGACCUGGCAGUUGAAUGGGGAGGAGCUGACCCAGGACAUGGAGCUUGUGGAGACCAGGCCUGCAGGGGAUGGAACCUUCCAGAAGUGGGCAUCUGUGGUGGUGCCUCUUGGGAAGGAGCAGAAUUACACAUGUCAUGUGUACCAUGAGGGGCUGUCUGAGCCCCUCACCAGGAGAUGGGAGCCUUCUCCAUCCACCAUCUCCAACAUGGCAACCAUUGCUGGUCUGGCUGUCCUUGGAGCUGUGGCCAUCAUUGGAGCUGUGGUGGCUUUUGUGAUGAAGAAGAGGAGAAACAGAGCUUUCCUUCUCACAGGUGGACAAGGAGGAGACUAUGCUCCAGCUCCAGCAUGAAGACAGCUGCCUGGAGUGGACUGAGUGACAGCCAGUGUGUUCAGGUCUCUCCUGUGACACCCAGAGCCCUCAGUUCUCUUUAGACAACAGUGUCUGAUGUUCCCUGUGAGCCUCGGGGCUCAAUAUGAAGUACUAUGUUGCCCAGCCUGCCACUGCACACAGGACCCUGUCCCUGCACUGCCCUGUGUUCCCUUCCACAGCCAACCUUCCUGGUCCAGCCACACACUGGGGGACAUCUGCAUCCUGUCAGCUCCAUGCUGCCCUGAGCUGCAGCUCCUCACUUCCACACUGAGAAUAAGAAUCUGAAUGUGAACUUGAGUGUUCACAUCUUGACCUGAGGGUUGACUGUCAGGUAAAGGAUUGAGAAUACUUAGAAUAUGUGGAGGAAAUAAAUAGCAGAUGGA